CACGCCAACCUGUUGGGUGGCACAGUGCACGCCGCGCCGGCCCGCCGAACGGAGCCACAUCAGCGAACAGCGGCGCUGUUCUCGCGGCUCCGGCUGCCCGCGGACGCCAUGGGCCUGGGCAAGAAGCUGCUGCUGACGCGCGGCGGCAGCAAGAAGAGGACCAAGCAGCAGCAGCAGCAGCAGGAUGGGCCGCCGGCUGCCGCGGUGGACCCGGCCGCUGGCGAGCUGGGCGACAAGGACGGCGGGCCGGGCGGGCCGCCGGUGCCGGACGUGGUGCGCGGCACGCCUCUGGCGGCCCAGCAGCAGCAGCGCCACCUGGCCGACGAGGACGUGGCGGACGCUGUCCAGGACGUGUUCCAGGAUGCUGUCGAGGGCGCGGAGGGCGGUGCGCCGGACCCUCCCUGGCAGCUGACGGGCGCCUGGCUGCAGCGCGCCCGCGACGAGCUGCACGAGGACCCGGACCAGACGCCCGCGCUGCUCGACCGGCUGCGCGCGCUCGUGCAGGAGGAGCCGGAGCUCAAAGCGCGCAGUGACGACGCCUUCCUCAUCCGGUUCCUCCGCGCCAGGAAGUUCAACGUGGUCAAGGCCCACAAGACGGUGCAGCGCUACUACCAGAUGAAGCGGAAGCACCCCAACCUGUGCCGCGCGGACCACGUGGACCGCCUGGGCGGCAUGAUGGCGGCCGAGCUGCACGGCGUCCUGGACGGCCGCGACCAGGCCGGCUGCCGCGUGCUCGCCGUCAAGAUCGACAACUACAGCACCGCGCUGCACACGGUGGACGACUUCUUCCGCCUGAACGUCGUGGCGCUUGAGCAGAUGGUGCGCGACCCGGAGACGCAGGUGUCGGGCAUCAACGUCAUCGUGGACCUGGGCGGCUUCGGCAUCCAGCACACGGCCUUCCUCACGCCCUACUACGUCAAGAACACCAGCGAGGUCAUCCAGGUGGGCGCCGCGCGAGUACGAGAGUGCACAAUCGAUAUCAAAACGAUUACCAAAACAACACAAUUAUUUAUUUUUUUAAAAAGACAGAUUUAG